GGUAAAUAGCCUUAAAUCGAAAGGGAGCUGCUUCUCUGUGGUCUUCCACAAGAGCUGCCUGGGCUCUGCUGGCUCAGUAAUAACUGAGUGACCUUUUCUUUUGCUGUAUUAUGUCUGGCUGGUAAGGGAUUGCAUUUUGCAGCUGAUAAAGCCCUGACUUCAUUCAACUCGGCUCCUCACACGCUGCUUUAGGAGAAGAGCUACAAAGCAGCCACUGUGCUUAUUGAACUGCCUCCCCUGUAUCGCUUAAUUGAGAAGGUAUACAAAUGCUCUCAGUCCAGCCAGACACCAAGCCGAAAGGUUGUGCUGGCUGCAACCGUAAGAUUAAAGACCGGUAUCUUCUAAAGGCCCUGGACAAAUAUUGGCAUGAAGACUGCCUGAAAUGUGCCUGCUGUGACUGUCGCCUGGGGGAGGUGGGCUCUACCUUGUACACCAAAGCCAACCUUAUCCUUUGUCGCAGAGACUAUCUGAGGUUAUUUGGCGUUACAGGAAACUGUGCUGCCUGCAGUAAGCUCAUACCUGCUUUUGAGAUGGUGAUGAGAGCAAAGGACAAUGUUUAUCACCUGGACUGUUUUGCAUGUCAACUUUGUAAUCAGAGAUUUUGCGUUGGAGACAAAUUUUUCCUGAAGAACAACAUGAUUCUGUGCCAGACAGACUAUGAGGAGGGUUUAAUGAAAGAAGGUUAUGCACCCCAGGUUCGCUGAUCUGAUGCCACAUCGUUAAGAAUACAAAGCACUACGUUCUUUUAUCUUUUUUGCUCAACAUGUAUAUAAGAAAUGACACAGGAACCUACUGAAUAGCAUAGAUAUAGGGAGACAGAAUGGUUGCGUGAAAUAAAAGGCGGACUGCAUCUGUAUGUAGUGAAAAUUGCUCCAGUUCAGAGUUGAAUGUUAAUUAAAAAGGUACUGUACAUACAGCUGGAUGCUUUUUGCUUGCUCUUGGGGUUUUUGGUUUGUUUGAGUUUUUUGUUUCUUUUUGUGUCAUUUGGCAUGAGAUGUUUAUUUUGGACUAUUGUAUAUAAUGUAUUGUAAUAUUUGAAGCACAAAUGUAAUACAGUUUUAUUGUGUUACCAUUUGUGUUCCUGUUUGCUUCUUUGUAUUGUUGCAUUUAGUACAAUCAGUGUCUAAACUUACUGUAUAUUUAUGCUUUCUGUAUCUGCCAGCUAUUUUAAAUGAGCUGUAUCUUUCUAGUAAAAAGCAUU